UUGGUCGAUUUGCUAGCUGGCUUGCGGAAGUGGUGGGAUCGAUCGACGGCCGCAGCAGCAGAAGACCCACGCCUACAGCAGCGCGGCACGAGCACAAACGCCCAGCAGCAAACGACGACGAGGACAACAACAACAUCAUCAGGCAUCCUAGCAGUAGUACUAGCUAGAGUCAUUAGAACCUUGCGGCUCUUUUGGCCAAUUGUUGUUUGAGCACUCUGUUGGUUGCUCUGACAGCCAUUAGUUAGGAGCGGUAGCGGCAGGAACUAGCAGAAGACUCGAGAGAGGUCCUGUCCGGAAGACGAACGCAAUCUACAAGGAAGCAAGUUGAUCCGCGGGUAUAUACCCUUGUCUAGCAAGCCAGCCAGCCAGUCAGCAUCAGAUCAGUCUACCUGUCAAGCUAGAAGUGUUAUCUCUGUGGUUGUGACGUCUAGAGAAGUGCGGAAGAAAGGCCCCAGCGUAUACCCCUAUUAUACCCUCGUUGCCAGUUCAGACAGUCAUUCUCUUAUCCUUUGAAGGAUAGCUUUCCAGGACCAUUAUCUCCAUCCGACUGCAAUCUUAAGCUUAAGGAACAGCUUAAGGGUAUCUGAAGAGGUGCUACCCAACCAACCCGCGAAGAAGAAGCCAACAAGAGAGAUAACCCUCGUAUCUCCUGAAUUCUGCAUCUUUUGGAUCGCAGAAACACACAAGACAAACAAGUCCACAAGAACAGAACGUACGUUCAUCCUUCGGUUCUAGUCAGUGAUAGCAAUAUCGCUGGCUACCUAACCCUGGCAUCAUUCCUCCGAUUCCUUCCACAAGCUCCAAGCGCCGCUCCCACCAACGAGGCGAGCUUCAAACUAGAGACACGAACAAUAGCAAUUCCACCAACACGACUACCUCCUCCAGCGGCAAUAACAUUAACGCGCCUCCGGCAUCCCUACCCGCAAUCGCAAGGACUAGUUCUAACACACUCAUCACACACAGCACGGCAAACAUUACUAUGAGCGAAAGCGAUGACAUGCAGUUCGAUGACUCACCGUUCGGGGAGGGAGGGUUCGAGGUCUUCAAGAAUGUCGGAGAUUACAAACAGAUGCGCACCGUACGAGUCACGGCGUCGGCGGCGGCGAAUGAACAGGCUCCCAGUAGAGAUCGGGACGUACCACACUUUAAGCGGGCCAACAGCACUAACAGCAACCACCGAAACGAUGCCCAUCGUGGUCCCGUCGUGGAACUUCAGACGGAACGAAGAGGAAGCUUUGAUGCCGGACGCAUGGAGAAAAACCCACAACGACAUCAGCAUGCACAACAACCAGAUCGACCCGAAAAACUGAGUCGAAAAGAACGAAAGAAACAAAAGAAGGAAGAAAAGAAGGAAAAGAAAAAGGUCAAACUCGCGGCGCUCUCCACACGAACCAAGAAGAUCGUGGCAGAAUCCAAUUUUAACGACGACGAAGCGCGGGCGGCUCACACACCGAAUCAGUUCAACUUUUUGCUGGCGACCAUGGUCACGGGUAUCUCGUACUACUAUAUUGUAUCACUGCUGGUCAUUUUGACCUGGAGUUGCGUCUGUACGUGGUACAUGGAAGAACUAAGAGUCAAAUCGGCACAAUCGGAUAACCCGGACAAUCCGAUAAAUCGGUGGAUCGACUGGUUCGACGAAACAGAUGUCCGGAUGAUCGGGUCACUCUUUGUCUUUUCUUUGGUCUUUCGAUUCAAUCAGUGUUACAAUCGAUGGUGGCAAGGACGAAUGCUCUGGGGAGAAAUCAUCCAGAACUGUCUAGACUUUUCCAGAAAAGCCACGCUGUGGGUACGCGAGAAGAGCUUUAGUGACAGACUCAAUCGAUAUAUCGUCUGCUUCCCCUAUGCCGCCAAGGCACAGCUCCGAGGGCUGUCACUCACAGACGACACAGAGUCGGGAAAGCUCUUGGUGGAACGAGGGUUCUUGGCACAAGAAGAAUUGGACUUUCUGCGGGACAACCCCUGUUGGGAACCAGAGUUCUUUCUCGAUCUGAUGCGCGCCACUGUCGCUUCAAUUAUUCUCGCGCAGUGGGACCGGGCAGAGUACGAACAAGUCCUCAUUCUGCCACACUCGAAUCGUAUUCACGAUCGUCUCUUCCCACCGUUGGACAAGGCCAUCUACGAUCUGGGUAACAGUAUCGGAGAGGGUGUCAGUGUACGAAGUGCCGGUCUGCCGAGGUCGUACGACACGGUGCAUUACAUUUUCUUUUGGAUUUACUUCUUGCUGGCUCCAAUGGCGGAAGCAGCAACGAUUGGGUGGCUAGCACCCAUCCUCCUGGGCUUUUCAGCCUGCAUCAUCAUGACUCUGAUGGACAUGGGAACUGCCAUGGUGGAUCCUUUUGGAACUGACUUGGUCGAUCUGCCCAUUGAACGCUUCUGCGAAACAAUCGAAGCACAGGUAGUGACCAUCCAAAGAAGGCACAAGGACGACUCGAUUAUCGAGUUCGCCACGACCUCUACAGCUCAGAACAACUUUGCUGAUAGAAGAGUCGGUCGCUUGGACGCAGCUGUCAAUCUGACGCACUGAAACACCGACUGGGUCAAUGAGAGGCAGGCCCACCAAAAAGGGACUACCCGAAUGGAUCAAUGGGUACACGAUAAGACGGAAGUCGUGGGAAAAGGCAUUCGUCGUGCAAAAACGUAUCUCGAUGAAAGCGUUCGAACCACCGAAUCGCUUUUCAGCGACAGCCACAGAAGUCAUGACGGCGUCGAUCGCAGCAGGUCUCAAAACGAUCGUAGCCGGAGCCGACACCAACGGCGGUCGUUAGGGGGCUUAGAUGAGAGCGGCAACAGCCUGAGUCGUUACCGCCAACGACGGGCGUUGACGGCCUUAGAUGAGAGCGGCAACAGUCUGAGCCUUCACUCCCUUUGAUCCAGUUGCUUGUUGGAUUGGCUACGUGCCAACGUCAUGCACACAUACAGUUGUGCCAACACGAACGUGUCCCAGAUAUUGCGUUGGCGGCAGCAGAGAAAGCAAAGGACCCCGUACGGAAUGAAGAACGCAGCUACGAACAUGAUUCUAACAAUCGUGUAGACAAUUUUUGCGUUCUGAUGAAAAGCAAUAUGCUCGUAUGGGAAGUCCGACUGCUGUUCUAUCAAGAGACACACGUUCUACAAGAAUAAAUCAGAUCGGGAGGCAGGAUGGAGAUUUUUGCCCAUUCGCGGCGAGAGGACCUUCUGCUAACGAGUAAGAGAUUGACCGAAUGCUUGCAAUUCCGGCGAGGCAUUGCAAUGGUGGGUAUCGAUGAUGUGGGGAGCAGAGUGAUGUACAUUGUAGAAUAGGACGAAGCAAGUGGAAACAACCUUGGCGCAUUUUCCCAGGGAGCCAAUGCGACAAUUUAGGUCGCACAGAGAGUACGAUACCACCACAAUAACUUGAAAGUCUUAAACGAUACAUAGUGUUGUUGAAACGAUGCAGCUUC